CCGUUUACCUCUGUCCUGGCGUGGGAGGCGUUUCUAUGGCCGCCGAGUGUAUGAGCUUUCUGGGGCUAGUGUCACAGGACGAGGGAGCGGCGGCAUAUCUUCAGAGUUGUCUACAUUUUUCUAAGAAAGGCAGAAAAUGAGCAAAUCCCAGGUUGAACAGAAAGUCCAGGCAUCAGUAUCAUUUAAGGAUGUAACUGUGGGCUUCACCCAGGAGGAGUGGCAGUACCUGGACCCAACUCAGAGGUCUCUGUAUAGAGAUGUGAUGCUGGAGAAUUACAGCAACCUUGUUUCAGUGGGGUAUUGUGUUACCAAACCAGAGGUGAUCUUCAGGUUGGAGCAAGGAGAGGAGCCAUGGAUAUUUGAGAAAGACUUUGUGAGCCAGAGCUUCCCAGAAGUCUGGAACACUGAUUACAUGAAAGAGAGGAGCCAAAAAAAACAGUCUCAACAUGUGUGGGAAGUUGUAUACAUGAAUAACAAAAUGCUGACUAAAGAACGAGGUAAUGUAAUAGGAAAACCAUUUAACUUGGAGACAAAUUUUUUUCCUUCCAGAAAAAUACUCUGUCAGUGUGAUUCCUGUGGAAUGAGUUUCAACUAUAUUUCAGAAUUGAUUAUCAGUAAGAAAAACUAUUUAGGAAAAAAGACGGAUGAAUUUAAUGUCUGUGGAAAAUUGCUACUCAGUACUAUACAUGAGAAAACUCAUAUUAGAGAGAAAAAUGAAUUUUUAAAAAAUGGGAAAACUUUCAAUCAUAAUGACCCUAUUCAACAUGAGAAGAUGCAAACGUUAGAGCAAAAUUUUGCUUAUAACAUAGAUCGAGAAACAUUCCUUGAAAAGGCAAUAUUUAAUACACACAAGAGAGAGAUCACAAAAGGGAAUAUAUGUGAAUAUAGUGAAUAUGAGAGAAUAUCCUGUGAGAACUCAUCCUUCUCAUUCCAUCAGAUAACUCCCUCAAAGGAAAAUCUCUAUGAAUUUAGUGUUUGUAGGAAAUCCUUAUGUGUGAAUUCUACCUUUUUGAAGCAUCAUGGGGCACAUAUGAAACACUGUGAAUGUAAUGGAAGUGGGAAUAAUAUCAGGAGGAAGUUAUAUCUCUCACAACUUCAGAAAUCUCAUAAAGGAGAGAAACACUUUGAAUGUAAUGAAUGUGGGAAAGCUUUCUGGGAGAAACCACACCUCGCUCGACAUCAGAGAAUACAUACAAGAGAGAAACAUUUUCAGUGUAAUGAAUGUGGGAAAACAUUUUGGGAGAAGUCAAACCUCACUAAACAUCAGCGAUCACACACUGGGGAGAAACCCUAUGAAUGCAGUGAAUGUGAGAAAGCCUUCAGCCACAAGUCAGCCCUCACAUUACACCAGAGAACACAUACAGGGGAGAAACCCUAUCAAUGUAAUGCAUGUGGGAAAACUUUUUACCAGAAGUCAGACCUUACUAAACAUCAGAGAACACACACAGGACUGAAACCCUAUGAAUGUUAUGAAUGUGGGAAGUCCUUCUGCAUAAAUUCACACCUUACAGUACAUCAGAGAAUUCAUACAGGCGAGAAACCCUUUGAAUGUCCUGAGUGUGGGAAAUCUUUCUGUCAGAAGUCACACCUUACACAACAUCAGAGAACUCAUAUAGGGGAUAAACCCUAUGAAUGUAAUACAUGUGGCAAAACUUUCUACCACAAGUCUGUACUCACCAGGCAUCGGAUAAUUCAUACAGGGUUGAAACCCUAUGAAUGUUACAAAUGUGGGAAAACGUUCUGCUUGAAGUCUGACCUCACAGUACAUCAGAGAACUCACACAGGGGAGAAACCCUUUGCAUGUCCUGAAUGUGGAAAAUUCUUCAGCCAUAAGUCUACCCUCUCUCAACAUUAUAGAAUACAUACAGGGGAGAAACCCUAUGAAUGUCAGGAAUGUGGAAAAAUCUUCUACAAUAAAUCAUACCUAACUAAACAUAAUAGAACACAUACAGGGGAGAAACCCUAUGAAUGCAGUGAAUGUGGGAAAACCUUCUGCCAGAAGUCACAGCUCACUCAGCACCAGAGAAUUCACAUAGGGGAAAAACCAUAUGAAUGUAGUGAAUGUAGAAAGGCUUUCUGUCAUAAGUCAGCUUUAAUUGUGCACCAGAGAACUCAUACAGAAGAAAAGCCCUUUAAAUGUAAUGAAUGUGGAAAAUCUUUUUGUGUGAAGUCAGGACUUAUUUUACAUCAGAGAAAACAUACAGGGGAGAAACCCUAUGAAUGUACUGAAUGUGGGAAAUCCUUCAGUCACAAAUCCUCCCUCACAGUGCAUCACAGGGCUCACACAGGAGAGAAAUCUUGUCAAUGUAAUGAAUGUGGGAAAAUUUUUUACCGUAAAUCAGACCUUGCUAAACAUCAGAGAUCACACACAGGGGAGAAGCCCUAUGAAUGUAACACAUGUAGAAAAACCUUCUCUCAGAAGUCAAACCUCAUUGUACAUCAGAGAACGCACACAGGAGAAAAAUCUUGUGAUUGAAGUGAAUAUUAGAAAUGUAGAGCCACAAUUCAGCACCUACUACACUUCAGAGAAUUCACACUGUGUAGAAAGCUCUCUUGAUACCCUGAAUGUGCAACAACCAUUCAUAUACUGGCCUUAUUUUACUCCAAAGUAAUGAUAUGGGGCAAACCCAUAAUCUGCAACAAAUAUCGGACAGUUUUGUUAAGAAGUAACAUUCCAUUGAAUGUCACGUAACUAAUACUGGUAUAAAACCUUACAGAUAUUUUUGAUUUUGUAAAAGUUUUCAGCAAAAAUACAAAAUAGGUUAUGUCAGAAUUUAUACUGAGGAGAAAUCUGUCAAUUUGAGACAUAUAGUUCAAAAAUUUCCUUUAGAAGUAAUGUAACAUUAAAAGUUGUGUUUUG